AUGACUCGUCGUGUUCCCCGUAUUCACCGCCUCCCUCAACGUCUUGACUACAACUUGAUUCCUGCGCCUUUGGAUCUAUCUCUUCCGCUGGCCACGGAAAAGUCUCCAUUGCCAGCGAUCAUUGUUACCCCAUCCUCUCCAGCAGCCGACGCUCCUGAGUACUACAUUGCGUUCUUAACACCUCCCCCAAAGCCUACGCUUCGUGAUCGCAUCUCCGAGUAUUCUCCUUUUCAGCCACAGCUGCCACUCAAGGCUCGAACCGCUAUCAUCAUUUCGCUCAUUAUCUUCAUUCUGAUCUGCCAUCUUCUGGUUCACCUCGCUCUUCGCCGUUCACACUUCAAUUUCAUCGCAUCCUCUGAUAACGUUUCGUCAUUCAAAGCGGAUUAUCGUCAGCCCCACAAUUCACUUUGGGACUUGUUUGCCUUGGAUUUCAAAUCUUUAUGGAGCGGACCGAUGGCAGGAGACGCGCGAAAUUUCAUCAUCGAAGAUUUUUCACAGCCAGCGCAUCGCUAG